AAAAAUGGCGGCAGAACUGCAAUGUUUUUAUAUCGAGAGAUGUAGAGGAAAUCCCUUCAUAUUAUCUCACAACUCGUAUUUGAUGGAAAUUUUUAUUUGAAGCUGAUUCUUGAUUCCAGUAUGUCUUCUAUCACUCUCUGGGUGAAGCCGGACGCCUUUGAUUUCGGAGCAAUUCAUGCGCCAUUGCCUCCAAAACUGACUUUGCACGUAAGUUGAAACCUGUCAGUGCAAGUAAUCACUGUUAUUUUCGUUCCAAGAAACGAAUGACCUUUUCUAUCUUUUUAGAUUUAUCUACCUAUGACUCAUGAAGUGUACUGAUUUAUUUGAUUGUCCUGUAUGUUAAGCCCUAACUCUUAUUACUUUUAUGCUCUGUGUAAAUGUAAUAAUUUUGACUAGGUUACAUUUAGGUUUAAAAUCGCUUAAUUGCUGUCACUCACGAUCGGCCCGCAGGCAAUUAGGGUGUUCAAAAACAGCUCGCCUCUAGAAACUUCAUCGUCAUCCGUUUAGGUGAUGCGAUUGACUGGAAAUGACCUACUUGUAAACACUGUGUGUUAAGUUGUCCUCAUAUCAAAAUACAAGAUAUCACUAAAGAUAUCACUAAAGAUAUCACGCAGAUCCUAAUACAAGCACCAGAUUUUGUUUUGUCAAUGUGUUAAGUCAGCACGUUAUGAAUGCAAAGUUGAGGGUAUUUGUUAGGCCUUUGAGAUGCAGAAUUCAUUCUCCAGCCACAACUUUUUGUGAUAAAAUCUGGAAAGUAGCACUGAUGACAGGAAUUUCAUUUUCAAUCUUCCCGUUUUUAUUUUUUACUGUUGGCCUAUUUUAAGGGUUUAGGAAGUCUUCCUCUUAUUUACACAAUAAACAGAGUCAGGAAAAUAGAGAGGUUAUCUCUUGGCAGCAAUUCAGGAAUUUGAUAAAACAUAGCUAACAGCUGAUUUGAUAAAUGUUACAAAUGACUUUAUUCUGAAAUUUAGAUCUAAAAAUUUGAUCAGCGUAUUAGUAUCUAUCUUUUUAGAACUUGUACAAGCUGUCCAUUUAUGCAAGAAACAAAGGAGAAGCAGGAUACCCUCAGCUGAGGUAGAUGUGUGUUAACAUUCAAGUUACAUGGACAUGUUUGUUGAUUAUCGUUUUACCAAUAUACUGACUUUUAUAAAUUAAUUGUACUAUUGAUACCAGUGAUUAUGAUAGUUUUGUAGGUGUCGUACAUGUACUUUGGACAAAAUACAUAUUAAUUGUUCAAUUGGACCUGUGACUGUCAUUGCCCAUUUGUUGGCUGGAAAUCAUUGCACUUCUUGUAGCAUCAAGAAAUUAGGAGUAUUGCCACUACCUUCCCCUCCCCCCAGGAUGGGAUAUAAGUUUAUCACUGGUAACACCCAGCUCUUUGAAAGCUUUUUCUGAUACUUUGCUUGGAAAAAUUACUACUCCUGGGUUGAGAGAGGUACUGCAAGGUUAAAUUGUCAGAGAACACAAUACAAUCAUUGAACCAGGGAUUGCGAACUUGGAUCUCCUGAUCUCUUGUUCCAUUCUGACAAUACGUAAUUGUGGAUUUGAAAAACUUAUCAUCUGCUCCUCUAAAUAAUUAGUAUGUUUGGUGAGUAGAUUUUUCUGUUCAUUUUGUAAGAAAGUGUUCAUGGUUGCUAGUUUACCAAUUGAUUUGCCCUUUGCAGAGGUCUUAAGGCUGCAUAACAAGAUAGGCAAUCCACAGUUUUUUAUGAAUUUUAUUUUUCUCUUAAUUGAGAGCUUUGUGGAGAGGGAACAAAGUUUGAGAAAGGAGAGCUGCUCAGGUUGAGAAAAAGCAAGGCUUUGCUUGUCUUUGAAUUCUGACGUUUAGGAAGACUGAAAUGAAUGUACUACUAGGAUUUUUUGUCUUGGUUCUUUACCAAUUGAUUUGCCCUUUGCAGAGGUCUUGAGGCUGCAUAACAAGAUAGGCAAUCCACAGUUUUUUGUGAAUUUUCAUUUUUUCUUAAUUGAGAGCUUCGUGGAAAGGGAGAAAAGUUUGAGAAAGGAGAACUUCUCAGGUUGAGAAAAAGCGAUGCUUUGCUUGUCUUUGAAUUCUGAUGGUUAGGAAGACUGAAAUGAAUGUACUACUAGGAUUUUUUGUCUUGGUUGUUUUUAAAAGUUAUCAUGGUUACUAAAUAUUGUCUUAUUGCAGUCCUAUAAAACAUUGUAAAUAAAUGUAUGAAAAAAUUAAGAUAAAGGAGAUGGAAGGAUACACCAUUUAGAGAGGGAAAAUUCAAGAUUUGCUUGUGGAAAGGGUGUCAUUAAUCCUUUUGCCUUAAAGUUUGAUAUACCAGAUAUUUUUCUUAUUGAAGAUUUUCCUGUUGUUGUUUAGUUACCCUGUGUGGAAGCAUGUCGCCUGCAACAAGUUACAGAUGUCUGAGGAUCUGGCAUGGCUGUAAGUUGAUGUGAUGCACACUGAAAAAUAAAUGUAUGUCUAAUAAAUGAAAAAAGAUCUGUGAACACCUUUCUCAAAAACUGAAUGUUAAAAAGUCAAUGAAAAGUCAGCAGCUCAGAAAAAAUCUAACCAAAAUGAUUGCAAAAGAUAUUUUGAGCAUAUCUAGUGAGAAUCAAGCAUUAUACUUACUUCAAAUGAGUAGAAUGGCACUUAACUUGAAAUGAUAAUUAUAUCCAGUUCCAUGUUUUGAAUUGUAUAAGAACAUUUAAAAAUUGGGAAAGAUUUGUUUUUUUUUUGAAAUUUUUAUUUUCCCUUUGGCCCACUCUACUGGUAUCUUACUGGAGGGACAAAAGGCAAAACAUAUUUAGACUUGUCAAAAUGUUGCAAUUAAAAUUUAAAUUAUCAAUUUUAUGUUUUGUGCUGUAGUAAAUAUAAGUGAAUGUAUUUAAUUAAAGUAUACUUUUCACCAGAUACUUUGAAACCUUUGACAUGCUUUGUGGCUCAAGUUUUAAAGAGCAUUCAAGAUGGAAUGAAAUAUUUUCUCAAUGCAAAAGUGUGGAAGAAAUAGGUCAGAAAACUUGGGCUUUAUUACUUUGCUAGAUCUAUGCAAAUCAUGAUCAUAACUAUUUAACACUUCAACUCCCAAGAUCUGAUUAUUAAUUCUCCCUUUCAGCUGUGACACAUUUCAUUGUAAACUAAUUAUAAGAAUUUUGUGUUGGAUAAAGAUAACUUCUACCUGAUUAACAUGAGUAUUCGUAUUACACGUUUAUUGGGUGAUAUAUGGACACUGUAGAGAGAAGUUACAUGCUAAUCACUUCUGAGAGUUAAAGGAUUAAAUGACUGCAGCUGAAAGUUUUUUUUGCUGUUACCAUGUGGAGUUGCUUCCUUCCCUACAACCACAUUUAGAGAAGGGAAAUGUUGAAUAGGGUGUGAGUGAGAUAAGAACCUCUCAAGGGAUUCAAAAGGUAGCAAAAACACAAACUGUUUUUUUGCAAAGUAGCUUUUAAGAUUGAGGUGCUCACCCAGUUAUAAAUGGAGACAGGGAGGAUAAGUCUGCUUUAAGGUCUUAGGAUGUCUUUUGAGAAUUGGCAAUUUUGAUAUAUUGAAAUUCUAAUAAGACUCUGAGGCUAGGGGGAAUAAAAUAAAAGAAAUUGAUUAUUCAUCCCUUAACCUCUACAUGAUUUCCUUUAUUUUAUUCCCCUAGGCCUUUAAGCCAAGUUCAAAUUUUUAAUAUAUAGAAAAUGGCGUAUUUGAUAUCAUUUUCCUAAUCUCUGUCACUAUGUUUAUACAUGUACAUCAAAAGACAAGAAAUUUUCAGUACUAUCAAGGACUUUACUUUUUGCAGAUCAUUUGAGAUCUCAAGGCUCAGUGAGAACAUUGCAGUUCAUUCUAUUUCUGUAUAUUCAACAAAUUCACAAGAUAUCUUUUAAGGCUUCUCUGGUCCUGGGAGGAGAAGAGUAUCCUUUUAUACUUUCUUUUUCACAAUGUUUUCAUUUUCAAGUAAUUUAAUUGGAAUGCAAUUAUUGCUUUAACAACAUGAUGUUGUGAACAUUGCUUUUGUCUCAACUGUGUUAGAUAAUAUUUCUUAAGCAAUCAAACUCUUAAAAUAUAAUAUUGAAUAAAGAGCUUUUCAGAUGAUAUUUACAGGGUUGAUUUAAGCAGUAUUUCUGUGUUUGUAAACACAGUAUUUACUCUGUAAAAUUUUACUUAAUAUUAACAAGAUGGCCAACACGUUCACGAUCACCAGAUUUGGAAAAAAAAGGAUCUGUUGCAGUUAAGGUACAGAUGACCUAAAAAUAAUGAUAUCGGUAUUGAUGAUAAUUAUCAUAACACUAAUUGAUGUGUAUUAGUAUCAAUAAUAAUCAUGGAAAUUAUUGUGAUUUUUUUUAAGAUGGAAUAAUCAAUUAAAUUUUAACUUCUGGUGAAAAUUAUUCGUCCUAGGUUGGAUUUUAUUUUUGUUCUGCUCCUAACCCUGAUUAUGAAUAAUUAGUGUUAGGAUGCAAAGGAAAUUGAGAAUCAACUCACAAUAUGUUGAACAUUUUUCCCCUUUAAAGUAAAAUGUAAACUACACCCAUUAAAAUAAAUUGAAUUUAACUGUAAAUUUGACUUAAGCAGUCAAAACAUACAUAAUUUCAUGUUUAAUGAUAUUUUUCUUGUGCUCUUAAUUUUUAACUUUUCAGAGCCUUGAUGAGCAUGAUCACAUGAUGUUUGUACUACAUCAUUUGAAUGACAUUUUGGAACUCUUGAUGGAACCGGGUAUGUAACCGUACUUAAACCCAUUGCACACCAAUGUCAGUAUGCAUAUUCUCCAUACUGUUCUUUAUACAUUGCUAAGGUGUUGACAAGAAGAAUUUGGUCAACUAUGAAGAGCACCUUAAGCUGGUGAUCAUUUCCUUUAUUCUUGCAACUUCAAUGUGUGAUUCUGGCUAACUUAGGGAAUUUACUUGGACACACACACACAAAAUUACUACCACAAGGUGAUAUGUUUGCAUAAUUUCAUAUUGCAGUAUGUCAUUAUUUUCAGAGUCCAGUGGAAUAGGCAGUGGUAGUGAAGCCUGUCUUACUGUUGAGGCUCUUGAUGCUCUUGGGUUUCUCAUCACAGGAUCUAUUGAUAGGAAGUGUGUAUACCACCAUAAAGUAUACCUUGGAUUUGAAUGUUGUUUAUGUUGAAAAUGUUUUGAAUAGUUUGAUUGUUUUAUUUGUUUGUGUCACAUUGUUCACCUGAAACAAAGGAAAAUUUUAUUAGGGGUUUAAAUGAAGUUAGUGCAAUAGCAAACAUUUGAAAGUUAGCUUUGGGUGUUUUAACUUGAGUAUGGUCGUUUCCUCAAAAGACCUCAAUCUUUGGGCCAAUGUGUUUCUCAGCCUGUGUUUGAUGUUAAAUUUCUUGCUUUACUUCUGCCAUCCCUCUCUUGGAUAAACUAACUAUGAAGUAUACCUGUUAAAUAGUGUGUCUUAUUUAGGAAAACAUAUCCUGCUUCUAAUCAAAUAAAAUCAGGGUAAACAUUUCGCCUUGAGAUAGAAGGAAUAACUGCUCAUAAACCAGCCCAUUCUGAGAAACUACAUUUUAUGGUUGUCUCAUUUUUGAUAGUAUAUUUAGACUCUAAAUUACUCCUUGAUAAACCAAAUUUCUACUCUUAAUGGAAUGAUGGUAAACAAAAUCAGCUUUUUGGGUACUAAGAAGAGUUUUUGAAACUUUCAAGAAACAAGCCCCUGGCUCUAAAGGCUCUCUUACAUGUCAACUUCAAUUAAUAUAAUAAUUUGGGUUUUAUUUUUUUGUUAUUUUUGUUUAGAAACAUUCAGCCACUACAUGAAUUAGCUCGUCUUCAAUCAGAAAGACCAAAGUGCGGUUAUUCAAAGGUAAUACUCAUCACUUGAGUUGAAGUCCUUUUAGACUAAAGAUACUUUGUUAAUGGUUAUGAAAUUAAAGGAUGUGGCAACUGAUUUGUGGCAAAAUAUUUACAGAUCUCCAGAAAAUUCUCUUUCCGCCAACUUCAGUCAUGGUUGAGGUCCAAUCUUCAAGUAAAUCCAUUUGGAGUGUCUGCCAUCCUUGCUCAGGGAUUUAAACAACAUGAAUUACAAAUACAAAGUAAGAAACAAUUAAAUAUUGAUUAGUCUGUGUUUGUAACCAAAGUUAUGCAUAAUUGUUUUCAUCAUUUAUUUGAAAAGGUCCACACGCCUACAGUACUAAACAUGAGUAAGGAAAUACAUAUCAGAGAUUAAAAACUUACAAGCAAACUCACAAUUAUGAAAAAUUUUUAACUCAAGGGUGCAUAUCUUUACCAGCGAAAAAUGAAAAUGACAAUCCUGCUUCUUAAAAAGUGGACAUAAAUAUUGAUUCACAGGACUAAAUUUAUACACAAAACCUGUAAAAUUACUCGACAUAAUUUUGUAACAUUAUGUAGCAGUCGAAACAUCAACUGCAAGUACACUAUACAACUAAUGAAACAUUCAAACAAUCACAGGUAAUUGGCAUGUAUACCCAAUACACUUAGGAAAUGGUAUGCCGAUAACUUUUGCAAUUACAGUGUUUGAUGUGAUUGUAGCUGAUCAUCAAAUCUUUGUUAUUUGUUCUGUAAAGACCACUCACUUUCAGAGAUGCCCAAAGCCACCUUUUGGAAUCUCAUUUUAUGGAGGAAGGGUUUAUCAAACAUGGAAAGGGAACCAGUUCGUAUGUGGGAAAAUUUCAUUGAUGAGUUUCCUGUUCUUGUAGAUUUUCUAAGCCUCAGUGACACAUUUGAUGAUCACAGUCUCCUGCGACAUCAGGAAUCAGAACAUAGUACUGCUGGCAAAGAACCAUCCACAAAUAGAAGUCGCAUCAUGAGCAAUAUAAGCCAUGCUCCACCAGAGUAUGUAAAUGUGCAAUUGUGAUUUAGUAUUGAAGAUUCUGGAAAAGUUCAUUUGUUAUCUGAUAAGAAGAUCAUUUGGUUUAUCGCCACAUCAGUUUUUAAUAAAAUGCUGAUUCCAUAGCACAAUUAAAGCCCAGGUUACAUUUGGUGUUAUCUGUUGUCGGUGUAACUAGGUAAGAAAUCAGAUACAGACAAAGUGGAUGAAUCCACCAAAUACAAUCCAGAAAAUAUUAUCAUGGCCACAAAAAUGGAUGGAAAUACUGACAAGUUUACUGUUAACAUGGUUGCUGAUUGCAUCUCACUUAAUUCAUUGAUUGGAAAAUGGAUUGGAUUGAUUUUUGAGGCAAAAAUCUUUACAUCAACAAUAUAAAGUGUAAAUUUGAUCCCACCAUUCCAAAGAAGUUAAAAUAAGUACUGUAUUUUCUUCCUUUCCUUCUGUUCCUUUUUGGAAGGAGGGUGUAUAAGAGAAAGGGGUGCCUGUACUGAUUCCACUGUAGUCAAAGCUUAAAAUGUUAUAAUGGGUGGUGCUUAUUCAAGAGGGGGGCAACUGUUUGAUAUUAUGGCCAAGGGGUGGAUGCUGAGGAAAUUGGGUCGUGCAAUAUGAAAUAUUCAGCAUCUGGUAUUACUUGUUUGUAAUUAACUCCUACAGAUGGUUUCUUAGAUUCAUUAAUUCCAGGUCAAAUGGUAGCAUUUGCUAUUUAUUAUUAGUUGAAUUGUAUGAAGUGAAGAAAGGGUAAUUAGGUUCAAAUUGUUUUCCAGGUAUACAAAUCUAGUUUCAUUUUAGUUAUUAAGAUUUUUGUGGGAUUUACAUGAGGUCUAAAUGAAAAUGUGUGAUAAUGAGCUAAUUUGUAGUGAUCAAAUAUUGGGUGGGUUGUUUGAGGUAAAUUGUAAAAUGAACCUUUUCACUGGGGUAAGUGUGCUUUGCAAUUGCAACUCUCCAUGCUACAGUAGUUUUGUUCUGCUGAGCUAUUAGAGAAAUAAUAAUAAUAAUAAUAAUAAUAAUAAUAGUAAUAAUAAUGACUUUAUUGGAUAACACAAUUACCGGUAAAACCAGUAGUUCUUAUUGUGGUCCACUAAAACUUCAAAUUCAAAUAGCAAAAAUACAAAGUAAAAAUACAGUUAAAAAUUUUUGUAAAAUUAUCAACUCUGGAGUUCCAAUCUAAAUAUUUCUUAUAUAGUUGAUUUUUAAAUUUACAAAGGGAAGUGUGACCCCUAGUGGCACUGUCUAGGUUGUUCCAUAAUCUAGUGCCACUUGCAAGGAAUGAACGUUUGCUGGUCAUAGUGCUAAAGAAAGGUGUGGAUAAGUCCAUAUUAGUUGACACCCAAGUUGUGUAAUGAUGUCUAUUUUUAACAUAACAAAUAUAAUGAUUAAAGUAAUCAGGACAUUUCCCUUGAAUAAUCUUAUGGAUAAUGCACAAUUUCCUUUGCUAUAUUAUGUCACUAAUGGGAAUCCAACCUAAUCUCUUAAAAAGGCCAACUGAUCUUUCAGUGCCUGCAUUUAAAUUACCCUGGCACAAUGUUUUUGAACUAUGAGGAGCCUUUGUAAAUUAUCAAUCUUAAUGUUUCCCCUUGUUAGCGUUGUAUAGCAAAUUCCUAAGUUAUAAAUUCAGGUACUUUCUGGCUCUUUUAAGAAGAUUUACCCUAGAAUUUAAUUUAGUGAUCAUGUAAUCUAUAUGGCUAUUCCAAUUAAGAUGCUUGUCUAUCUUCACACCAAGCAGCUUUUCGUUCACGGCCUCUUCGAUUUUAGUGCCUCGCAACGAAAGGUUAAGCGAUGGGUCUGCGCAGUAGGAAAGUUUUUGCUUGGUUCCAAGAAGUAGCUGUUUUGUUUUCUUUGCGUUUGGGACCAUCUUGUUUAGUGAGAACCAGUGAUUUGCUUUGUUGAGACUUCCCUGAAGUCCAUGUUGGAUAUGCAAGGGAUUAGAAUUAGAAAAAUUAGGCAUCUUAAUGUGCAGUGCAGGUCACCACACUGGCAUUUGUUUUCAGCAAUAAUGUAGCAAGUUGUUAUCAUCAUUAUCAUUAUUGCUAUUGUUAAGUGGUAAAAAAGUUGAGUUUGAAACACUGAAUUGAUGGAAAUUGUUACUACUUAGUCCAUAGGAACUUGAUUUAUAACCAUUGGAAGAAAUAUAUCAGGUAACCAGAAAGUCUAAUUUGUGCCCAUUUUUAAUUUAUUUACUCUACAUUUCAUUUGAUAGGCAAAGAUUCCUUAUUCUGUCUCAAGUUUGCAAACAAACUGUUGCAAAGGUAUGUUCUCUCAAAACUGCAGUAUCUCCUUGAUUGAAAUUUGACAUCUAGAAUUAACAGUGAGGGAAUUUUAAUAGCCCACUUUUCAUACUUUUAAUUAAGCCUGAUAAAGUAGACAUCAUUAUUCCAAGGCUCUAGGGAGUGAAUGCUGAAAACCAGACCCUGUGUAAUAAGAAAUUUUAGAACAAUGAAAUUGGGGUGUUGUGAAUACAAAUUUUUUUUGUUUUUUUCUUUCUUUCCAUCAGGCCAAUGACUCCUAUUCAGGAAGUACAGUAAAAAUUCAUAGAUGCCAUUAUUCCUACAUAUAUAUCUUAUGCCCUUUGAGGUUUGUGAAUGCAAAUACCGCUAGCUAUAGUAUUUAACCCUUUAACACCCAAUAUCUCAUUAGUAAUCAUUUGCCCUCUAGAGGGUAAUUCAGGUUGUCCAGGUAUAUUUUAGGUUUGCACCAUGGUACCACCGAUUUAACUUUUCCAAAAUAAAGCAAUGAACUUCCUUUUUGCCUGUACAAUGCCUUACUGUAAAGUAAAGCCUUUAUACAGGCCCAAGUGGCCCAUGGGGCAAGCGCUUGGCUCUGGUUUCCGACUUGGCAUAAAGCGGCUAGGAGUAUUGCUACUCCCCCCUGGAUGGGAUGCUAGUUCAUUGCAGGGUUACCCCCAGCAUAUUUGCUGGUACCCAUUUGUACACCUGGGUGAAGAGAAGCACUGUGAGAGUAAAGUGGCUUGCCCAAGAACACAACACAAUGACCCCAGCCAGGGCUCAAACCCAGACCACCACAAUGCCUUAAUGUGAUUGGAGAUAAAUCAUUGAAAAUUGUUUUACAAUUAAGUCAAUUGUCUCUGUCUUUAGUUGUAUGUCACUCUAAUGAUCUAGGGAAACAUGAAACGAAGUUAUAAGUGUACAUUUAACUCUCAGUGUAGUAAGGCAUUUUCUGGAUAAUUUCUAAGUUAAUUUCUCUCCUUAAUAUGCCUUUUAAGUUACAUACCAGAUUGUCACCCUUAUUGACUACAGUUAUCUGAAUAGCGCAUCCUUCUGCAAAAUGGACACAUAGUCUUCCUUUUGGUUCAAUAUUGUUUUGUUGCUUUGUUUAUUUAUUUUUUGAAGAAUGAAGCUUCAAAGGUGUGACAGAAUUCAUGAUGUAACUGUUACAAUUGGUCUCAUUUAGGGCUGUUACUGUAGAAAACUGUCACAACUCCACAAUUGUUCUUGGGGUGGCAAACAUAGCUGUUAAUAUCAUUGGUUGCUGUAAUUGUACGUUCUAUGUCGUCUGUGAAAGAAUCUCAUUCAGGUUUGUUGUCAGUGAUGUUGAAACGAAAUGGUCGUAAUUAAUCAACUUGGUGAACCAGUCAGAUAUGUAGUAAUGGUUGCAUGCAUCACAAAGUAAAAAAGAUCAACCACAGACCAGAGACCAGAGAUUUGAGCCAUUACCCCUCUGCUUAUGGUCAGUAAACGAAAGAGGGAAACUUACAAACUUUGAGGGAAAACUAAAAACUUGAAUUAAGUUUCUGUCAGCAUGAAGUGACAAUUCAUUAACCUUGUUAUUAUUGUUUUGUUUCAGUGGCUGUAGUGACUGUUCUUUUCAUCUUUGCACGCCGACCAAACCAGUUAUUCUUCCAGGAAAUGAAAAGUUAAUUCUUGCGCCAUAUCACACUUACUACCCUACCCUGGAAGAACAUUUACGUGGCCCCUGGGGGAUUCCCAUUGAGCCAAACUUGUGGAAUGAUCCUCUUGUACUUGGUAAGAACCGAUUGGGUGCAUGGGGAAGGUAAAAGGUUGUCAAAUAAUGGACUCGGUUAUGGUAAAGUUUUGUUUACCUUAUAGCCGACCCAUCACUUAAUUUUUGAGUUACAUUGUUUUGUUACAUUUGUUUUGUUUUUCAGCAUCUGAUCGAGGUGAAGGCUCAUCACCCGUAUAUCGUGAACUGUCGCCCUCAGACUUUUUCACGUUCACAAUUCCGUUCUCUAUGAAGGGAUCUACAGAUGUAAGCAUCACAGAAUAAUUUUAGUUAAUAACAGCACCAAAACCGAAGUAAUCACAAUCGAGAAAACUAAAAACGAGCAAAUAUUCCCCACAUAAUUUUUAAAAGGGGCUUGAAUUAUAGCUUUGGGCUGGAAAACGCGCGUGAACAAGUCACCAUUAGGUUUUGUUGGGAAGCAGGUUUUCAUUGAUCAGUAAAUGUAGCAACAGGAGAAUGGUGUAAAGUAACAGGAGAUAUUAUUCACGUUUGAAUAAAAAGUAACUCAGGCCAUCGACAUUUAGCCAUAGAAAUGUGCGUAAUAGCUUAAGUGUUCUCUGAUCCCUAAUGCAGAAGAAUACCUUAUAGGUAUCUGUUUGGUUGACGGGUUUCCCAAAUUUUAUUCAGCAAUCAAACUGAGCUAUGUUUUGGUAAUAGUUUGAAGAUUUCCCUUAAAUGUAACAGUGAAACUAUUGGGUUUCUUUACGUUUUGCCUCAUUUUCUUGGCCCACAAUAAAUACCAUUUUAUAAAAUGAAUGUCAACUGGCUGGAUCAUAUGUUCGAUCACAUGCAUAAUCGAACUGUGUGGUUUUAUUUCAGGGACCACCGAUUCCUCUUCCGAAAAAAUACGAGAAAGCUUUGAAAGACAGAGAAAGGUAAGCAGAAAAGUUCCAAGUUGAAAGCGGAAAUACGUUAAGCUCUCUGUGCUUCUUUUUUUUGUCUUUUUUUGAGCCUGUUACUUGUUUUAUUUUUGUUUUCAUUUGUUUAUCAUCGUCGUCAUCGUCAUGAUUAUGAUGUCGAUAGUAUCGUUGUUGUUAUUUUUCCUGGGCUAUGUCGAUUUGUCGUGGCAACUCAUGUUACGUGUUUGUGAUGAGGUAUAUUUUUACGCGCCUAUAAUUCGUUAUUUGUAUCCACACACGUAGCACUGGCUACUUUUUCCUCACACUUGUCACUAGUUCUUUGCUCAUUCAUUUUUAUGUUAUUAUCGGUUUUUCUUUGAACUUUGUGUCAUUAGCGAAUGGUGACUUAUUUUCGUGCCUCUCCUCACUCAUUUCCAGCGUUUGCACAUUUUAAGUGCCGUGUUGUUACCUUCCUCUAACCUCGUAAUUAUAAUUUACUUUCUAAAGAGUUUUUUGUUAUUGUUGAACUUAUCCAUUUUCGUUAUGAUUAUCAUCUAAUUGUUGUCACUGAGUUGGUUGAUUGUAUUUUGACAAAAAGUAAUUUUUAAACUUUAGUUUUGUCUUUGCUUGUAUGUUUGGCAGAGCUAUUAAUAACUGGUAUCAAUUGGUAAAAACAUCAUCACUCACUAAGCCGCAGAGGAGACAGCUACAAAAAGAUGUACAAGAUAGAUUCCAGGUAAGGAACGAGAAACCGUGUUUACUGCACUACUGUAGAAAUAAACUUGAGAUGGACUGGAAUCUAGUGGAGGGGAGAGGAAUUAGUAAAUACUGUCGGUAACUUCAUGCGGUAAACUGGGUUCAUUCCGCACUGCAAGCCAACAUCGAUAUGUUUUUCACAGAUAAUUUUUUUAACUCGUGCGAUGGACUUCGCCGAAUGUAGGAAGGACUGCUCGUAGUCUCGGAGCUUCCGGUUCUAAAGUGGACAAAACCGUAUUUUUACUUUUUCACAGACACUUCCUCUGUUCAUUGUUAGCUAUUUUGAUAAUUUUUAUCCUAAAUAAAGUGAAUCAACUAACUCCGUUGUCACUGGAGUCUGUGUGAAUUUUCACAAUUUAUUUCAGUUGAACACAUCUCUUUCUGCAGGAAUGGCUGGCGGAAAGUGGACACGCUACUCAAUUAAAUGGUCUUGUACCUCCCCAUUCAGGAAAGUCUUGAAAAAUCAAGGAAACUGGCAAUUCGUUGGUAACAGACUGAAAUAAUAGGAAGUUAAGAAUUCACCGCCUCAGUCAAGAAAACCAUCAGAUCUGAACCAGAGAGAUUAAUAUGAUGGUUCCCAUACAACUCUGGUGGAGUGAAUGGUUUAGCUAUGACUACAUUCAUGUAGCAGCAGAGAAGUGAAAUCCAUCUAUGAUGGCCAGCAUCAAGAUUUUUUAUGGCAUUCAUACAAGAGCACUCAAAACAGAGCUCAAAACAUAUCUGAGCAUCUGUAUGCUUCAAGUUACCACGACGAACAUUGAAACCAUACUUCUUGUAACAGGAAUUGUAGCUAGAUAGGAUUAAACAUUUGCACGUUUAUUGUGCGAAGUCGUUUCCGUCUUGACUCAAAGGAGUUUAUAACAAGAACCGGCGGAAAAUGGAGACUUGCCAUUAUGGGUUGACUAUUUCGAUUAAGAAAAAAACACAGCUUGGUUAUUAUCGGUGUCAGUCGCCCGCCAAUUUAAGGCCUUCGUUUGCAUUUGCAGACCCAUAUGGAAAGUGUGAUUAGAAAUUGAACGUCGGUUAUGUAACAGAAAUAAGGAUAUCAGUUGAAGAAGAUUAGCUAUUCUUUGUUUAAUGAAUGUUAUGAGGAACGUCACAUAACUGAUAAAGAAAAAAGAAAUCUUCAAACUGUAUGAUAUUUUGUUCUAUUGUAGUUAGAUCUAUAAUGAGAUCUCGCUAUGAUAAAAAUCUUUUUAUUUAGUAUUUUGGUUUGUUGUUUUGUGUUUGUUCUUUGACGCCAUCUUCAUUGCACAGAUACGCCCAUACCAACCCUGUGUGUGUGCUCGUGAAUAAUGUUCUGAGCAGUGGCUGUCGCUUGCUCUCUGGAAUACCUGUCUUAAUGAAAAUAUUCGAACAUGUGACAUUACUUUCACUUCCCACGAAAAUAAAAUCUCGAUUUUCCAC